UCUCCAUUUUUCUUUUUCGGUGAAUUGCUUUCCCCUUUUUGCCAAUGGACAACGCAGCAUUUGAAAUGCAUGAAGGUGCAACACAGAAUAUUUCACCUGUGGAGAAGACGAACACCAUUUUCAGAAUGGAAAAGAAGAGGCCGUGGUCACUGAUGAGUAUUUUCCUGGUGUGUCUCUUGGCCUGUACCGUUACCACAGCAGUCGGGGUACUGAUUCUCUCCCUGGUUUAUAUCAACAACUCUCAGCCACAUUUAGAACCCAAACUGCAAGCAACUACAAUUCCGAUACUGCAAAAAGAUGUUGAUCCAAAAUUCCAGUUUCUUAAUCAUUUACCUAAAUCCAAGGUGUUUGAGUUCUCUGGUGGUGCCAUCCAAUGGGCCCGGUACAGGAACAAUGUCAAAGACUAUCUCAGCAUUGAAGAAGAGGCCUUCGGGAGCAGUUUGAACAGUCAGAGAUCACAGAUGACUCUGGGAACCCUGAGAAUAAAAAGCAACGGCCUCCGGGCCCCUCAUUGGCACUUCAAUGCUAACGAGCACGGCUAUCUUGUACAGGGGACAGCAUGGAUUGGGGUGGUUGAUGAUGGUCACGUAGUUACCACGUACAAUGUUACAGCGGGCCAAGUGAUCUUCUUCCCGAAGAAUACACUGCACUGGAUAAAGAAUGUGGGGAAUGAAGACUGCUUUUUCUUGCUCUUCUUUUCCACACAUGAUGAACUUCAGACGCUGGAUCUUGAUGAUGUGUUUUUUUCUACACCUGAGGACAUCGCUUCCAGGUCUCUCAAGCCUGAAGGUGGAGUUAAUUUCAUUAGAACAUUCCAUAAGCAAAAAGAGGAUCAGGGGGUCAACCUUCCCCCCAACUUGGCAGAACUGGUUAUGAAUGCUAGUUACACACAGUCUCCAGACAGCCUUGUGUGGAGAUACUUUUAUGACCUUAAAGGUUCAAAAGAAUAUCGAUUUCCAGGAGGAAUAAUACAACUGGCACAAUACUGGAAAAAUGGAAGUGAACUAAGCAACAACGAAAAAAUUUUUAGUGAAUUCUUGAAUCAGCAUCAAAAUACCCUCGCUUUGAGUACAGUCAGAAUUUACAACAAUGGAUUACGACAGCCACAUUUCCAUUUUAAUGCAAAUGAAAUGGGAUAUGUAAUAAGUGGAUGUGCAAAGGUGGGUAUUAUUAAUACUCAGGGUACCAUCGAGUUUGACAUUCACGUUGGAGACGUGAUAUUUUUCCCCAUUGGAAACCAGCAUUACAUUAAGAGCGCAUGUGAUGAGGAUUUGCUUUUACUUCUCGCCUUCAGCACUAGAGACCAGCUGCAAACCCUUGACAUGGACGAUUAUUUCCAGGCCACAGCAGACCACAUCCUGGCCCAGCUUUUCUUCAAGGAACAAAAUGAGUUUAAGAAGAUCCCUAAAUUCACAGAGGACCAGGCAAUCAACCUGCCUUAGAUUUGCUGAUGAGUUCACCUUUGUUCUUCCUUCUUCAUUUGUUACUGUUGUCUUUAAAGACGGACCACUUGGCUAAUGAACAUGGAGCUCUUACAGAGUGGAAGGGGGAGAGCAUGCGCAAAG